AUGCACUUUGAAGACUCCAUUCUAGACGCCAUCGAUAGAGAAUUGUUCGCUCUACAAAAUUCAUUAUCAUCUCUUAUUAGAUGUUAUUUCAAAAUAAGGACAGGCAAGCAGCACAAUAUAUCAUCUGAAGGGGCAAAAGCAAUUGCAGAAGCCUUGAAAACAAACCAAACAUUAACAACUCUUGAUAUUGGGUACAACAAUAUAUCAUCUGAAGAAGCAAAAGCAAUUGCAGAAGCCUUGAAAACAAACCAAACAUUAACAACUCUUUCUGUUGAUGCCCACAGUAUAUCAUCUGAAGGGGCAAAAGCAAUUGCAGAAGCCUUGAAAACAAACCAAACAUUAACAACUCUUAACGUUGGUAUCAACAAUAUAUCAUCCGAAGGGGCAAAAGCAAUUGCAGAAGCCUUGAAAACAAACCAAACAUUAACAACUCUUUCUGUUGAUGCCAACAGUAUAACAUCUGAAGGGGCAAAAGCAAUUGCAGAAGCCUUGAAAACAAACCAAACAUUAACAACUCUUUAA